AAGUUGUUUCCCACCCUGCAGUCUGCGGUAUUCAGUCGUGCGGGGGUUUGGCGGUAGCUCCAGUGUCGUCUCUCUCGCAAUCUUCACAAUUUUGAUACAUUUCUCGCUCUCCGUCCUUAAUUUCACAGUCUCUCAAUCCUUCUCUCGCUAAUCUGCCAGACUUUCAGGUGAUUCAGAGGGAGGCUUAUCGAGUCCUCACUUGGAGUGACUCAAAUCAGACAUCGGCGGCGGCGCUCUUUCGUCAGCAUUGUAACAAGAUUAUUGUUUUAAUGUAUAUACUUGUCACAAGAUUGGAGCAUCACUGAAAUAGUUUGGGCGGCAGCCGCCAAGGGGAGUACCGGAAUGGGGACUGCUCUUGCUAGCACAGCACAAUGUCUUCGAAACUCUCAUAUCUUCAGAUUCUCAUUCAACCUCUUCAGAAACUUGAGCUCUGCUUCGUCUUCGGCUAGUGCUGCUUCUCAGAACCCUACCACACCUAAGAAAUCCAAGAGAAGAAAGAAGAAGAACUUGUUUGAGGUUGCUCAGUUCUUGCCAAAGUGGGGAAUCGGAUACCACAUGGCCAAGACUCACUGGACUGACGUCUCUUACGAAAUCACCAAAAUUAAUCUCUACAAGGAUGGAAGGCAUGGCAAGGCAUGGGGAAUAGUUCAUAAAAAUGGCUUGCCUGCAGCAGACGCUCCAAAGAAAAUCAGUGGAGUUCACAAGCGCUGCUGGAGGUACAUUAAAAAUGCUGUAAAAUCACCAGAAAGCUCACCAUACUCAACAGGUUCAGCAGACAGUGGCCUCAAAGUUGAAAGCCAAGCAAGUUAAUGUUUUCCUUUGAUUCUGUGUGGUUUAGAAUUGGUUUUUGCUUGAAAUAGACAUUUUUCAGGUGCGCGCUAGUAUGUUUAUUUAACAUUCGAAUACAUCUCACAUAUUCAUGUAAGGUUUCUGCCUUUUAACGCCCCACAUUUAAUGAACUCUACAUCAUGAACCAUGUUAUGAAUUGUUAAAGAUUGAGUUCGAUGGGUAUAA